GGAGACACUCCGAUACAGCAGGGGGCAGCACUCGUCUAAAAGCAGAGGAACAAAAUAUUUGCUAGGCUCUUAGCAGGAGGUAUCUGCACAGUUGUAUCUAUUUUCUUUUUUAAUCGAUCAUAAAUCACUUAUACAGAAGACCGCUGAAGGAAACAUAAAAUUAUAUGCUCGAGGGUUCUACAAUAUUGACUUUAGUCUACGGCGAAGUGGCGAAAAGAAGAAGAAGAUGCCUGCAGCAGAAGUACCUUCUUCCGUUAUACAUUUUGUUGUAGGUAUCGACAGUGUCGUUGACAACAUCUGCAGACUUCCUCUGGAUCUGUUCACAGAAACUUGUCAGCAUGUUCUGAUUUAUCUUCAAGGGCUUGCAAGUGGAAUCGAUUCAGCAUUUAUAUCUCAUAAAUUCCUACAGCCUGGAGUCGGACUUAACCAUGAAGCUCAGCAAGAAAUAAUCCGAUUUCUUUUGUUGACAUUCAGGUCAGCAGGACAGAGCAACAUCUCAGCUGAUGAGCUGGUGUCAAAGCUGGAAGACGGCAGCCAGAAGUGGUCCAAAUCCUCCCUCCAGGUCCUGCACAGGCUUUGGAGCGAACACGGCGCAGCCGUCCACGCUCAGCAGGAGCUCCAAGCGUCGCUCCGCAUCGGCCAAGUGGUGGACGUGCAGUGGAGGCUGGGGAUGGCGGUGAGCUCCGACGUUUGUCGAUCUCUCAAUUCUCCGUACGUCACGCUGCUGCUGAAGAUCGCUGAGCCCUCUGGACUGAUGUGUCAGAAGUCCUUCGAGAUGAGCAUUCCACAGUUUCAGAACUUCCACAAGCAGUUCAAGGAGAUGGCAGCUCUGAUGGAGACUGUAUGAAGAUCAGCAACCAGGAACAAACACAAAAUGACCACAAAUAAUUGUUUGUUACUAUAGAAAAUGUCUGUCUUUAAAAUAAAAAUCUAGCAUUAAAUUAUGUUUUUUUCAGUAUGUUUGGAGAUAUAUCUAAUUUAAAAUUAGGACUUUUGCACAGAAAUUGAACGUAUUAGCUUCUUAUACUAAACCAAGCAAUCAUUCUUUAUAUUAAAAUAACCACAACAGAAUUGAUUUAAACAAAAAAUAAAAACUUGUAGACGUAUUACAAGGAAAAAUGGCUUUUCAGUAUCCGGACACCUCCAGACUGGAAAUCCCUGCAACUUUAGAUACUAUUCUAAAAUUAAAUCACUAACGUGUUUUUACAUUUUUACUGUUUUAAUUUAAUAAAAUUCUAUAAAAUGAC